AUGUUCAAAUUUUGUUUGGCACUUCUAAUGGCUCAACAUUGGACUGACGCAGAGCUAUAUUAUGAUAACUUCAUCGUCGGUCUGAGCAAAGUCCAGGACCCGGUUGUGAGAAACUCCUACGAUGUUUGUGAGCAGAUCCAAAUAAAAACUAAGUCAUUAAGAUUCCAGCAGGUCAAGUGUAAUGCAAGUCUACCUAGAUACAGUAUGGUUAUCAUCCAACAACCUGCUACUGGCCCUGGCCUUUUGGUUCUUGAUGAAGUGGAAGUGUUUGAGCCAAAAAAUCCCGAGUCUAAACUUUGGUUAAGAUUUCCAAACCAGCGCUUAGAGAAAACCGUUACGUACAACAAAUCAUCAUCUCGUGCAGCUUGUGUCAGCGAAUGCAGCGUUCGCAACUGCUACCUGGUCAGCUACAGAAACGCCACGCAACGGUGCGAACUUUUCCAAACUCUGAAAGGAAUGGGCGAACCUUACACCCUGACCACCGCUGCUGGCUGGGAAACCUGGAAAGUUCAGUAUGCUUAG